AUGGUGAUGCUGAGGAGAAUGAUGACUGAUGAGGAGGAAGAGGAAUUUGCAGAGGAGGAUGAAGCCAGAGCAGGUCCCUCUGUGCCACCCAAGCAGCUGAAUCAGUGCCCUGAGUGUGGGCAGAGCUUCCCACCUGGCUCAGAGCUGGUGAAGCACCACUGCCCCCAGCCUGGCCCCCGGCCCUUUGUCUGUGGUGACUGUGGCCAGAGCUUCAAACAGAGCUCCGAUCUCAUCCGGCAUUGCCGCACCCACAGCGGUGAGAGGCCAUACAGCUGUGCUGAGUGUGGCAAGAGCUUCGCUCACAAGUCUACCCUCACCAGGCACCGCAGUGUGCACAGCACCGAGAAGCCCUUCAGCUGCAGGGCCUGCGGCAAGAGCUUCAAACCCCGCUCCAACCUCACCGUCCAUCGCCGCAUCCACACCGAAAAGCAUCUGUUCCCCUGUGCUGAGUGCGGCAAGAGCUUCACCACCAGCACUCCAUUCAUCCAGCACCAACUCAUCCACAGUGGUGAGAAACCCUACAGCUGUGCCCACCGCAGCAAGAGAUUCACCCAGAAAAGAAGUCUCACAGAGCACCGUCGUGUGCACACUGGCAAAUCUUUCAGCUGUGCUGAGUGCGGCAAGGCCUUCAGCUGGUGGGGCGGUCUCAUUUACCACCGCCGCACCCACACCGAGCUUCAGAGACGGGGGGCUCUCAUUGCUCACCACCGCACCCACACCGAUGAGAGACCGUUCCCCUGUGCUGACUGUGGCAAGAGCUUCAGCCGCAGGGGCACUCUCAGUGCUCACCGCCGCACCCACACUGGUGAGCAGUCUUUCACUUGUGCGGUUUGCAACUCCCUCACCCCACCUGGACCCCGGCACAAGAGCGAAGCAGAGCAGGAGGAGGAGGAGGAAGAGCUCAGCGCACAGGGAGCCGCCGGCCCCGGCAGGCUGCUGCCGAGCACAGAGCGCUGCGAGGGAGACCCCGGCCCGGCCCCUCCGGCUGCUGCGGCCACGUGUGACGGGGAGCGGAAGCAGCUCGCAGCCUGCAACGGAAGUCCCGCCCACGGACCGCGUGGACAGCCAAUCAGAAGCGCCCAGAGCGCGGCAGCUCCUCCCCCUGGGCGCUGCCGAGGCACAGCGAGGAGCUGCCGCUGCCGGCCGCCAUUGCUGCCCCCACGGCCGGGCAGCCGCAGCCAAUCAGAGCCGCCGAAACAGCCCAGCCACGCCCCCAAGCCUCAGCAUGGAACCGCCCCUGCCGGCCGCGGGCACCAUUGGGGCUGCCUCCCGGCCAGAGGCUGCGGAGCGCUGGAGCAGUACCUGGGCUGUGCGCGCCCUGGCCCCCGGCCCUUCAUCUGUGGUGACUGUGGUCAGAGCUUCAAACAGAGCACCACUCUCAUCCAGCAUUGCCGCACCCACAGCGGUGAGAGGCCGUAUAGCUGCGCUGAGUGUGGCAAGACCUUCACUCACAAGUCUGCCCUCACCCAGCACCGCAGUGUGCACAGCACUAAGUCCUUCACCUGCAGGGACUGUGGCAAGAGCUUCAAACACAGCUCCAGUCUCACCAUCCACCGCCGCAUCCACACUGGAGAGCAUCUGUUCCCCUGUGCUGAGUGCGGCAAGAGCUUCACCACGAGCACUCUAUAUAUCCGGCACCAACUCAUCCACAGCGGUGAGAAGUCCUACAGCUGUGCCGACUGUGGCAAGAGCUUCACCGAGAGGGGUAACCUCAGCCUGCACCGUCGUGUGCACACUGGCAAGUCAUUCAGCUGUGCUGAGUGCGGCAAGGCCUUCAGACAUAGGAGCAUGCUCAUUCACCACCAUCGCACCCACACCGGUGAGAAGCAUUUCACCUGUGCAGACUGUGGGAGGAGCUUCAGAGACAGGCGCCAGCUCAUUGUUCACCGCCGCACCCACACCGGUGAGAGACCGUUCACCUGUGCUGACUGUGGCACGAGCUUCAGUCAAAGGGGCCAUCUCAUUGGUCACCAUCGCACUCACACCGGUGAGAAACCGUUCGCCUGUGUUGAUUGUGGGAAGAGCUUCAGCCGCAGUGAUCAUCUCCUUGGUCACCGCCGCACCCACACAGUUGAGAAGCCGUUCACCUGUGCUGACUGUGGCAAGAGCUUCAGCCGCAGGGAACAACUGCUUGUUGACCACCGCACCCACACAGUUGAGAAGCCGUUCACCUGUGCUGACUGUGGCAAGAGCUUCAGCCGCAGGGAACAACUGCUUGUUGACCACCGCACCCACACCGGUGAGAAACCUUUCACCUGUGCUGACUGUGGCAAGAGCUUCAGAGACAGGGGCUCUCUCAUUGUUCACUGGCACACCCACACCGAUGAGAGACCGUUCACCUGUGCUGACUGUGGCAAGAGGUUCAGCCGCAGGGGCCAUCUCAUUGGUCACCGCCGCACCCACACUGGUGAGAAGCCGUUCACUUGUGCUGACUGUGGGAAGAGCUUCAGCCGCAGUGAUCAUCUCAUUUCUCACCGCCGCACCCACACUGGUGAGAAGCCGUACACCUGUGCUGACUGUGGCAAGAGCUUCAGCCACAGGCACAAUCUCAUUUCCCACCGCCGCACCCACACCGGUGAGAGGCCCUUCGCUUGUGCUGAUUGCGGUAAAAGCUUCACCCAGAAGGGAUCCCUCAACAAGCACCGCUGCACCCACAGCAGAGAGUAG